AUGACCUUCCCCUCGGCCUUCGGCUCGCAGCUCGCCGCCAUCAUGGACGUGUUGGCGAAGGCUGCGGUGGCCGAGAUCUCCAAGCUGGUGGAGGACGGGACGCUGGUGCUGCGGCUGGAGAUGUGUCGGAGGGACGUGGAGAUCCAGGAGCUGAAGAGGAGCCUGGAGAUGAUGGAGGAGGAGAAAGCCCGGACCCAGGUCCCCUCGACAGAUGAAAAAGAGGAAGAGCAAACACUUUCAGGGUAUCUGGAACCAAAGACGGCUGAUUCACUCUGCAAGCAUCGGCAUGGCAACCGAGCCGGUGACGACAUGAGGCCCGCGGUGAAACGUGAGCCAGCGGGGGAGCUCGUGAUCCAGGAAGUAACAGACAUCACUGCAACAGCGGCGAGUAGAGUUUGCUUUGAGGUGGGAGAGCAAAGUGACUCGAUGUGGCAGCAGCAGCAGAUGUUCCCGUCUCACCCGGAGCAAUUUCCUGCUCACAGAAAUACAGAAAGUUCCUACAGCUCUCCCACAGAGACACAGGAAAGUGCACAUGAUUUGGCAAGUGUGCCGAUAAAAGUAGAGCCAGAGAUUCAACCUGUGUGCUCAGCAGGCAUCACUUCACAGUCUGUGGGUCAUGAACAAUUGAGACUGGUUUCCGGUGAGAACCAGUGUCUGCAGUCUCAUCCUCAACAGGCCGGGCGUUCACCUGCUGUCCCUCCUGUGCCGAGGACAGAAGAUCACAUCCUCAGUAGAAACCACAUGAGAACGAAAAGGCUCGUGAACGUGUGGAGAGCGAAUCAGAAACUCUUCAUGUGCUCCGUGUGCAACAAGGGUUUCCCCCGCUCGUCCCAGCUGGAGGAGCACAAGGCCACUCACCAGCUCUUCAAACCUUUCCGGUGCCUGGAAUGCGGGAAGUCUUUCACCCAGAAGACCCGGCUGAAGACGCACCAGAGCGUGCACACGGGCGAGCGGCCGUUCAGCUGCUCAAUCUGCGGCAAGAUGUUUUCCAGGCAGGACAACUGCACGAGACACGAGCGCUUCCACAGCGGCCUGAAGCCGUACAGCUGCGGGCAGUGUGGGAAGAGCUUCACGGUGCUGGGCAACCUCAAAAUCCAUCAGGAGAUUCACCUGCAGGGAAGAUAGCUCCCAGUGACGCUCUGAGACUGAAGAGGAUUUUAUUUAUCUUUCCGGUGUACUUUUUGUUAUAUAGUAUUAGGGGUGCAACGAUUAGUCGACAUCGUCGACAAAAAUCGAUGACCAAAAUAGUCGCCGACGAAUUUACUCGUCGAUGAUUCGUUGGUGACGUCAUAGCGCGUGUUUCUCGUGCCGCGCAGCGGAACUAUACGUCGUUUUACCGGAGGUGCUGAUGGAAGUACCUGAGGAGUGAGCCAUCUCGCUCCCUUCCUAUCUCUGAAAGUCGCGCAUGUGCAAUAGCGACGAAACAUGGACCGAUGUCGGCGUCCGCUGCCGCACGCAGUCGCGCACCAGGAAGUAAAAAGUUCGGGAGAACUUCACUCUUAACAUGGCCCGAGAAAAACUACCUGCAGUAUCUGUACAGCGGACCUGUUCUCCAGGGAAGCAGGACACACGCAUUUGAGGAGAAGUCGUAACGGAGACGAUGCGGACUCGCCUCUGUCAGAUGUUACAUAUACACGUUUAUACCUGCGCGCAGGAUUCUAGAAUCCAUUACAAAAAUA